CUUUUCCGAGCUGAACGGUUCUGCUCUAGCCUGCGCGUUUCCGUUAUUUUCGUCCUUUCUUCGAUGAUGGCAGCACGGUGAUUACCUUGCCUCGUUUGCUUCACGUUGCCAUUAUUGUGUGUUUCUUUUCGCGGUUUCCGUUGUCGCAUUUCCACUUGCAGAGCAUCCCCCCCUUGGCGUGUUAGGGCCGUCGACAUCGCAGCGCCGUCAACAUCAACAAUCAGGCUGCCAAACCUGCCUUGUCCGCGACAGUAGCCAUCUCCCCCCAGCAGCCCCCAAGAAGCCCCCCAGCCGACCAAGAUGUGGGAGCUCGAACUCGACCCAGAACUCAUUCCGACUUUGAAGCUGGUGUUUCACUCAGCCCAGAUCCUCUUCGCUUUCAUUUCGUGGUGCCUGGAAAUCGCGGUUUUCCGGGCGGACGGCUCCCAAAUCGUGGGAAACAAUGGCUGGACCUUCGCCGUGUUCUUCCUCUCCGUACCGGCCUGGAUUUACUUGACCAUGGCUCCGAGGUUCCCUCGCACUCGUCACAUCGCCAACCCGAACGCCAUGCUCGCGGUUGACGCCCUGUACACGGUCAUCUGGCUGUCGGCCUUUGCUACACAGGCUGCCUAUAACACGGCCAAUCUGUGCGGCUCAGCCUGCGGCGUCAGCAAGGCCGUUGUGGGUCUUGCCUUCUUCGUCUUCCUUUUCUUCUGCAUAACUACAUUUCUCAGCAUCUGGACCCUCAGGUACUACCGGUGGAACAACCGUCUGCCCGGGUACGACCGCGCCCAACUCAACAGCCAGAACAUCGACCCCGACAAGGCCGCCUUCUCGCUGGCCCCGCACGACGAAGAGGCCUACGCGCCCGUCAACACGAACGACAACGACGAGCAGCACCACGGAUCACAUUACGGCGGCGACGGCGCACACUCCGACUACUCUGAUCAUUUUGCCGGCUCGGCUAGCCAUGUUAGCGGCGGUGCCAGCACGGUCAGCGCGUACCAGGACAACCCGUUCCGGGAGCACGAGCAUGAGCAUGCGGCCAAUCCAUUCGAAAGCGAUACUGAGUACCACUCCGGGAGGGUGUCUGCCGCGGGCAGCCGGUAUACGCCUCCGACGGCCGCGGACACCUACGAAGACGACUCGCGCCCAGUUAGGUUUCCUGCCGCGAACUACGACCGGAUUGAGGGGUGAGGAAGGCGAGAAUGACUUUGGCUCGGGCCGCAGGGCAGAAGAAAGGGGGAACUGGGUGGCGGAGGAUCCAUGCUUGAAAAUGGGUACAGGAAUGGGACGGUGUAAUAUUCUGGCUCUUUAUUCCUCGCUUGGUCGGGGCAUAUACGGACAGCGUUGGAUUGGGUUCAGUUUUGGUGUUGCCGGCGUCAUAGAGGGCAAAUUACAAAGAGAUACCAUG